AUGUGCUUGCGCAGCCCGCUUGUUGGAGGAAACAAAGCAUUGGAGUUCUUGAAAGGGAGAAUGUUGGUAGCUGAAGUAGCCUUUAGUGCAGAAGUUGCCAUAGUAGGAUUAGCCGCUCCUGAAUUUUUCUCCACAAGUUCAAAGUCUUCAAGGCAACUGGAUGCGGUGGACGGGUAUUUCCAUACGUUGGUUCCAAUGUGGAUCGUAAUUUCAAUGUGGCCCAUUACUCCUGUGGCGAUGGUGUCUCUCAUUGCAGUUGCAGUUGAUCUGGUGUUGAAACCAACCUUUUGUCGGUCUUUGUGUUCAAGACAGAGUUCGUUGAUGAAAAGGGCUUUUACUGCCUGGAGUUCUAAGGUGUUACCAAAACAAUUUUUGUAG